CAACCCUGUCAUGUGUAAGCUGCCUUGAGUCCCCUCUGGGGUGGAGAAAGGUGGGUACAAAUGGGGUAAGUAAUUAAAAUAAAUACAGUAGAGUCUCACUUAUCCAACACUCGCUUAUCCAAUGUUCUGGAUUAUCCAACGCAUUUUUGUAGUCAAUGUUUUCAAUACAUCGUGAUAUUUUGGUGCUAAAUUUGUAAAUACAGUACAGUAAUUACUAUAUAGCAUCACUGUGUAUUGAACUACUUUUUCCGUCAAAUUUGUUGUAUAACAUGAUGUUUUGGUGCUUAAUUUGUAAAAUCAUAACCUAAUUUGAUGUGUAAUAGGCUUUUUCUUAAUCCCUCCUUAUUAUCCAACAUAUUCACUUAUCCAACAUUCUGCUGGUCCGUUUAUGUUGGAUAAGUGAGACUCUACGGUAAAUCUAUCAGUGUGUGUAGCAGGGUUGUAUGCUUUCCGGGCUGUAUGGCCAUGUUCCAGAAGCAUUCUCUCCUGACGUUUCGCCCACAUCUAUGGCAGGCAUCCUCAGAGGUUGUGAGUUUUCCAACAGACCUUGCAACCUCUGAGAAUGCCUGCCAUAGAUGUAGACUUCUGUAUUUUUUUUGUUACUCUCCACCAAUAUCUAACCAUAUUGGUAUCAUAAUCCUAACAGGUUAUGAAUAUACAGUAGAGUCUCACUUAUCCAACACUUGCUUAUCCAACGUUCUGGAUUAUCCAACGCAUUUUUGUAGUCAAUGUUUUUAAUAUAUCGUGAUAUUUUGGUGCUAAAUUCAUAAAUACAGUAAUUACUACAUAGCAUUACUGCGUAUUGAACUACUUUUUCUGCCAAAUUUGUUGUCUAACAUGAUGUUUUGGUGCUUCAUUUGUAAAAUCAUAACCUGAUUUGAUGUUUAAUAAGCUUUUCCUUAAUGCCUCCUUAUUAUCCAACAUAUUCGCUUAUCCAACAUUCUGCCAGCCCGUUUAUGUUGGAUAAGUGAGACUCUACUGUAUUCCUAAUAGGUUAUGAUCAUAUUUUCUAAUAUGUUGUAUGUUUUCUGGGCUGUAUGGCCAUGUUCCAGAAGCAUUCUCUCCUGACGUUUUACCCACAUCUACGGCAGGCAUCCUCAGAGGUUGUCUGUAAACCUUGUGGCCCAAUUGUUGAUUGGGUUUGCGGGUGACCAGGACAUCUAGAAAUGGCAGUUUUCCUUCCUUUCCUUUUUCCGUGGUGAGUUGGGUGUUUGGGUGAUGGAUCUUUUUUUCUUGCUUGCUCUCUUCCUCCUCUGACCUCGGAGGUGUUACUAACUCAAGGCACCCCCUCCGAUCAGUAGCCAAAAGGGAAGCCCGGCUCCACGCUGGGAGGCCGUGGAGGAGGGAGGGAGGGGCGGGAUGCUUCUUUGGCUGCUCCUCGCCAAGGGGCAGCCCUUCCUUGGCCCAACCCGCGGCUAUAAAGCGCCCUCCAGCCAGGACAUCCCGAAGUCUCCCAGGAUGGAGGAGCCCUCGCUGCUCGACGCCGCUGCUGUCGCCGCCUUCUCUUUCUACGACGGCGGCUCCUCCUGCUUGUCUUCUUCCCCCGACCAGGAGGAUGAGGAAGAGGAGGAAGAAGAGGAGCACGUGCGGGCCCCGUCGUCGGGCCACGCGCAAGGCGGCGGGCCCUGCUUGCUGUGGGCGUGCAAGGCCUGCAAGAAGAAGGCGGGCGGCGGCGGCGGGGGCCCCGGGGAGCGUCGCAGGGCGGCCACGCUGCGGGAGCGGAGGCGCCUCAAGAAGGUCAACCAAGCCUUCGAGGCCCUGCGCCGGUGCACGGCCUCGGGGGCCCCCGGCCAGCGCCUGCCCAAGGUCGAGAUCCUCCGCGACGCCAUCCGCUACAUCCAGAGCCUCCAGGAGCUGCUCCACGACCACUACUGCCGCCUGGGAGGCUCCCAGCCCGACAGCCCCGUCUCCAGCUGCUCCGACGGCGGAUUGGGUGAAUGCAACAGCCCCAUGUGGUCCAGGAGAAACAGCACUUAUAGCAGCGUCUACUGCUCUGAGCUUCCACAUGUGAGCACAGCCCUCUCCAGUCUGGACUGUUUAUCCAGCAUUGUGGACAGAAUCGCCUCCCCGGAUCAAGCAGGGCUCUCCCUGCAGGAUGCAGCGGCUUCCCCUUCACCCGGUGCCAGCCCUUUAUCACAGCCAGGCAGUCCCCAGAGCCCUCACCCCAAGCUCAUCUAUCAUGUACUGUGAACGGCCUGAGAUUUGAAACCAGCUUGAAGAACGCUCUGGCAUUUCUAAGAACGCUGGGCGGCAACAAGGAGACUCACCAUUGAAAUAUGAGGCCCUUGGAAUUCAAGUGGACCAAAACAAAAAGUGUAUUCUGAAGUUGCCACUUUUAAAAUGUGUAUAUUUGUAUAUAUAUUUGCCCCAUCCCUUCAUUCAAAGGAAUAACAUUAUAUUUAACCAAUCAAUUCUGUUUGAAUAUUCUAUAUUAUAGUUAUAUAUUGAGAUUUUGAAUUUUAUGACAUUAAAGUGUUCAUUAUUGUCAAGAAAGGAAGGAGUACAGCUGGAGGCAGACUGUUCAGGAGAGCGGUUUAUGCUUUGGCAUGCCUAAAAGAACAUAUGCCACGUGUCAAGUUAUGUUGUCAGAAGUCUACUUUUUCUAUUGCUACGUGGUGGUCUGGCUUAACUAUUUUUAAUCUGCCAAAGUUACAAGUACAACCUGUAAAUAGUCUUUUUUCAGGAUCAGCUCUCACAUUAAUUAGGUAGAGGGAGCCUAUCUCCAGAGUCGGGUUCUGGCAAAAUUGCGGUUUGUUGUUGUUAUCAAGUAUCCUGAAAUUAUUUCUUAAGGCAAACCUAGCAUGGGUUUUUGGGGCAUGAUUUGUUCAGAGUUUGCCUUUGCCUUCCUUUGAGUUUGAGAGAAUGCAUCUUACUAAAGGUCACCCAACUGGGUUUCCAUAGUCAAGAGGGGAUUUGACCUGUUUUACAGAAUCAUAAUCCAAAAGCUCAAACCACUACACUAUGCUGACUCUCAAAUUACCAUGAUUGACUUGAUAUUAUACUUUUACUACUUUACUGUGGGUUGCCUUCAAGUUAUUCCUACCUAAUAGCCUCCCUAAUGCAAACUUAUCACGGGGUUAAGAGUUUCCAUGACUGAGCAGGAAUCUAACUCUGGUCUCCAGAGUCUCAGUCCAACAUUCAAAUAUACUGGCUCUCCAGUUUUACCAGUCGGCACAAGGUUCAAAUGCGUGGCCCUGUCAUCACUUUUACUGCCUCAGAAGAGUUCUGGGGAGGGGAAUCAACUAUAUUUCACAGAGUCUUCCAGGAAAAUUCUUAGAGUUAAAACCCACAAAGUAAUUUUUCCAGGAUCUGCCUCAGAGCUAUUGGUUUUUAUUUUGGUUUUGUGCUUAAACCAAAAUGUCCCAAUACAUAUUUAUAUUCUUUCUUUUGCUAUUUCCACUCAGGCUAUCUCCCUAAAGGGAGUAGUGGAUGUAAGAGCUCUGAUGGGCUUUCUUUAAAUUAGUAGAUGAAAAUUGGAACUCAAGUCCAUUUAUGUGUUUGUUUUAUAGUCAUGCAUUCAAUAAUCGCCAUAAUAAAAGUCUUACUGUUCUGUU